UUUAUAUAUGACACUAUCCCUCGUCCUGUUCCUCACACUCCGGUUCCGCCGGUCGCCGUCGACUCACGCGCUCGUCUCUCGCGUCGUCGUCGUCGUCGGCGUCGCCGUCGCCGCAGCAGUAGCUUUGUUUGGAGUGGCCGUGCUAGCGAGGCUACACGAGCGCCAGCUGACCGGUGCCGCGACCACGGAACCGUCGGCACCUGUCAGAGUGCCGCAUUCGCUGUUCAUCGAGCCGGCCGACGACACAUCGGUCGAAGACACAUCGGACGACGACAUCACGUCCGACGGCUACGUCACAUCGGACUUCGACGCGACGUCGGACGACGAUCAGACGGUAUAAGGCACCGUGUCGUAUACCCACCCGACUGACUGACUCACCCGGGGUGGUGCGACCAUGUGCUAGAGCUCCUCGUCGGAUCACCGCAGCAAUCCCAGUAGUGCCAAACUCCGUCUGCUCUCCAUACCGAUUCGCUUGAGAUGUCCGUCAAAGACAGCCCUAUCGUCAAGAUGGAUGUGGACUGCCCGUCGAACCUCAAGAGAUCCAACAGUGCGCCCAUGAUCAACGAUAUUAAUGCUUCCAUUGCCGGUUCGCCGUGCGCAGCUCUGUCGAGAGAAAAUACGUGUAACAUAUUUUUACGAAAUGUACAACCACGCUUCCGUAGAUUUAGCACAAGUGGAAGUCCUCAUAAUGUAAUGCCAAAUACUUCACCAAAAUUAGUUCAUAGAGUUAAUCAGCUGCGACAGGAAGAAACUGUUGAUUUGAUUAAUAGAGAAGUGGCUCAUGAAAGAGAAAUACACUCUGCAAUGCAAAUAUCACAAUCAUGGGAAGAUUUAUCUAUCAUGAUUGAUUCACCAACAAAGACAGAUGAAGGACAAUUUGGUAAACAGCCUGGCGGAAUGUAUGGUAGAUCAAAUGUAUAUGAUCCAUUGCAUUUAAAUUUUUCAAUGACUUCUGCUCCAUCAUCACCAUCACCAACCAGAUCAUUGAGACAUUGUGUAUCACCAUCACUUUUCAAACCCAAUUUAUCCCCUAGUCCUACUCGUAAAACUUUUACAUCAGGACGAAGCUUGAGCCCAAUUUCUAUGCGUCCUAGCACUUUAGGACCUGUUAAAAGGAAAUGUGACAUGGACGACUAUGAACCUAUUCCAAAGAAAUGGGGAUUACUGAUUACCAAUAACAGGCCUGAACCAAUGCAAGUGGCCGGUAUUGUUCCUACAACAAUGAAUGCAACUUUAGUUACAGAUUCUAUAUGUAGUAGCAGUGGUGAUUCUUCAAACAGUAACCAUUCAUUUUCCUUUAGACCAUUGCAAUCUCUAAUGGAUGAAUCAAAAAGUAAUUCCCAAUAACUACAAUAUUUUUACAAAAAUUAUAAUUUCACAUUUUACUGUUAACUAUUAUAAUUUUGGUUAUUAUUAUUAUUUUAUUAUUAUUACAGUAACAAUAAUUAUUUUUAUUAUUAUUAUUACAAUUAUUACUAUCAUUACUAUUAUUAUUAUUAUUAUUAUUAUAAUUAAAAUUAUUAUUAUUAUCAUGACUCGAUUAUACAAAUGUCUAAACCAAUUUAAAAUAAUAUUGUUAUUAAAAAUUGUUUUUGACUAGUCCCAUGUAUAUAAAUUAGCAUUUAAUUAAUAAUGAUUUUAACAAAAUGGCAUUGUUCUGUUAAUGUCGAUUUGGAAUUUUGUUGAAAUCAAAUUAAUAUAAAAUGCUAAAAUUUUAGUUUUUUAAUAUUUUAUUUUGUAUUUUUUAAAACUACCUCUAUCAUAUAUCAUUAUUCAUUAUUAUAGCUUGGUUAAUCAUAUCCUAAAAUAUGCUAAGUUAAGCAUUUUAAAAAUCAUGAUUUUAUGUUACAAACAUGUUGAAAUACUGUUAUUAAAAAAAAUUGUUGACAAGUCGAAUGUAUAUAAGAUAUCAUUUAAUUAAUGUUGAUUUUAACAAAAUUACAUUAUUCUACUGAUGUAAAUUUGGAAUUUUGUUGAAAUCUAAUUAAUAUAUAAUCUUUAGUUAUUAUUAUUUUUUUUUAUUUUUAAACUGCGUCUAUCAUUAUUAUAGCUGGGUUAAUCAUACCCUAAAAUAUGCUAAGCUAAGCAUUAUAAAAAUCAUGAUUUUUUACUAAAAACACAUGUACAUGUUAAAAUUUGUUACUAAAAAAAAUUGUUGACUAGUCCAAUGUAUAUAAAAUAUAAUUUAAUUAAUGUCGAUUUUAACAAAAUUACAUUAUUCUACUGAUGUAAAUUUGGAAUUUUGUUGAAAUCUUGUUAAUAUAUAAUGUUUAAUUUUUA